ACAAACUUCCUUACAACCUGCUUCACAAUCUUCGCCACAGCAAUCUACACAAUCUGCAUCACAACAUCCUUCCACUUCUCCUCAACACAUUGUCCCUUCUGUCUCUAGCCCUCAACCAUCACCAUCCAACCCCUCCAAUUCCCAAACUUCAAACAAAGAAUCACAGAGGAUUGAAUUUGACAUUUCAAUCAACAGCCAAUCCUCUCCAACAGAUGACAACACAAAAUCCCCUCAACCAGAAGUUCACCACAACCAAGGGAUGGACAUAAUACAGGACUCAUCUCCACGACCAAUGGGCGAGACAGAACUUGAAGGUCCUCAUGACUUUCCCCUGUUAGCAGAACCAGAGAAAGAGCCUCAAGGCGCUGAUGUUGCCAUUUCAUCAGUACCAGAAACAACUCGUCCUAAUGCCACAACCAUAGCUGAACAAGGCCAACCGUCUACGCGCACGUUAUCAGGACAGGCCGUCGGUCCAUGCCAGGAUAUUUGGGCCGAACUUUCUAUUCUUCAACAAGAUCUAGACGAAAUAUCCCCAUUGCCUCAAAGGCUACAUCUGUUUGAUGCUGAAACUCAACAAACCUUAACCACCUUCAUCAACCUCAUUAACACCCCAGUUGAAGAAAUCAUUCUCCACAAACCUGAUGAAACCUUGGCCUGUCUUUCUACUGUUGUAAACCUCUCCCCUAAUCCUUUCAACCCCAUUCAACUAAAGCAAUUGGCCAAGAUCAUCACGGAAUGGCCAACCCUUUCAGAGAUGGUUCAGACUUGCUCGAAGGAUAUUCAAACCAAAAAGGAUUUCCUAAAUGAAGCCCACACCAUAUCUACUUCACUCAAACUCAGCCAGCAAACCUCUGCAGUCAUUCUUCAGCAACACUUAGCACUUGAACUUGAGGAAGCCAAACUCAUGGCAGAACUUGCCUCUGUCCGGCAAAGAAAGGCUCAUCUGCAGCAGCAACAUGACCAGCUUAAUCAAGAAGCAAGGAUGAUGCUCUCCCAAAUUAGACAUCGUUCUGCAUCCAUUCAGACAACUAAAGCUGAGUUGGACCAAGCCCAAGCCAUGCUGGCAGAUGCUCAAUCAGAGUGGGGUGUGUUCUAG